AUGAAGUGCUCGGGUGAGAUCAGCGUCGAUAAGAGGGUUGUGUAUUUAGGCUUGAUGCUUUGCACACUGGCCUACCCUCUUAUCGCUCUUAUGAUCAUUGUGAGAGAGCAGAACUGGUACGAUGAUGAGGGAAACAUGCUGUCCAAUCCGCUUCCUCAAAUUACCUGUCCAAUCGAAGGGGCAGAAGGCGACAUUGACUGCGAAGCGAGUCCGCUUGCCUACGCAAAUAUAAACUCCAUAAUCUGGGUGUUUGUCGUGAAUGAAUGCAUUAUGCAUUCGACGUACGUCCUAUAUGUGAAGCUUUGGGCUACAGGUGGUAUGGUUCUCAGCUUUCGGCGAGAGCUGCUCUCCAUCAUUGCCUUCCUAGCUCCUGAGAUUACUCUGAAUUCGGUCUUUUACUACGUCCAGACAAUGCCGAUAGUCCGCGAGUGGUUCCCGGGACUCAAGAGCUUCAACUAUCCCCUGCUGGUCUCCUUCUUCUUGGGGGCCACGGUGUCUAUGCUGUACGGAGUCGGGACCUCCCAAACAAUCGACCAGUUCAGACGCACGACAACGUUAGCCGGGCCUGGCCUCAUGUUCCUUUUCGUUGACUGGUUCAGUCGGUCUGUCUUCCUGCCCUUUUUCGAACUCAUGCAGAAUACCUUUACAGCACUGAAUGUUAACACCUUUCUUCUUGCCGUCUUUGAAUUGAUUCUCACGAAUGUAUACGGGUCUCUUUUCUUGCCUGCAACCCAGAAGCUCUGCGUCGUUCUAGCUCGGUUCUUCUACAACGUGUCUUACGGAGUCGAUGGGAAAGUGUCUCUCUACGACUACGUCUCUCUCCAAGCCCACGACUCGAACUACUCGCCUCAAGACCCUCUCUCCAAGCGGACGACGCUCAUCAACCCGAGCGACAUUGGAACACUCGAUCCGGGGAUGCGUCACAGCAGCAUCGCGCUGGGCCGCAAAAAGAGUUCGGGUCGAACAAGCAUCUCUGCUGCGGCAGCCGAACUCCAGAAAAUGGAGCGGGAAAGAACAAGCGGCAUGUCCAGCGCAGUGUACGAAGAGACCGCGGUCGUUGAGCUGCGCCAGGACCCAGUUUUGCAGGCGACGCCUCCUUUGUCCUGCAGCGAAGUCAGUCUGAAAAUUGCGGGCACGCCGCCGCCUGCAGCAGCACUUCCCCACGGCGGCGAUGAGGGCGGCGCCGACCCAUCCGGCGCCACGAGCCGAUCUGCAACGCAUUUAGACAUCCUCGUUGGACAUCCGGCCGACGGCCUUCCGCAUGGAAGCAGCCGCACCAGCCUCGACAGAGGGGCGUGCAGCGCCGCUAACGCCACGCAUUCACAGAGUGAAUCGGUGCACGAUACAGCGUCACGAAGCAACACAAGCCCCGACCUGCAUCCCCUCUCGUUCAACGAGGAUAUGCGAAAACCCUCCACUGCCUCCUCCGCGGGGAAAGCCCCAGUGGGGGACUGGGCAUCGAAAUCGAGCAACAGCUUUACACGUCUCAUGGCAGCCGCAGGCUCAAUGGAAAAAGACCUUGAGAAGAUUGCCAGCUUAAGGAGCUGCGGAAGACACGGAAGAAUGACAUCGGGAGUUGAUGAUCCCACAGAGAAGCCGCGAUUCCGAAAUGCUGUGUAUAUUCCGUACCGCAAGGGCUUUGGCAGCGACGCAGUCGAGUUUGAGAAAAUCAUCACGUGGUUCAACAUGAUCUGGGACAGCUGGCGGUUCCUGCUUCUGCGCGCAGUCAUGGUCAAGACCUCGAACGUCUUCAUCUUCUUCAUUAUGAUUUUUAAGGACUUCAUCUACUCGAUGUGGCACUUUUGCAUUCGGUACAACGAGUCGUGCAUACUUUUCUUCCUCGAGCUGAGGUCUGUGGACACCCGCAAGAAUCGGAGAAUCUUGUCCGCCCUCCACUGGUUCCAAGUCCUUGUGGUGCGCCCAUUCCUCGCGCCGAGGUGUCUCACUUUCACCGUUUGGCGCUCUCAGCUUCUGUUUGGGUUGAACAAGCAGCGCGCGGAGAGCCGAAUGCGGAGUGUCGCCUGCCGCGCGCACAGCCGCAUUCGCGAGUUCGGCAUACGCACACUUAGCAACAUCCACGACAACGAGCCCUGGGACGCGCCCAACAAAGGCACACCCAUGAAGGCCGCGCGGGGCUUCGGGAAACUCGUCGGCACUUUCUUCAAAGACCUGGGUCACGACAUCAUGGUUCAUUUUAAGGCGGAAUCGAGACGCGUUCUUCAGCAGCUCUCGGAGCGCGCCCACAAAACGCGGCAUACAAACCCUUUUCGAAAGAGGUCCUCGUCCACGCAGAACGAAAUCGACGUCGAAGAAUGCGAUGUCGAAUACGCCUAUGCGACGGAGCUCGUGGUAGUGCGCAACGUGCCCAUCACAGCUUCUUCGCACUCGAAGCGGAGCUCGAGUUCCUUCGGGAGAUUUCAUCACAGCUCAGACUCCGGAACGGAGUCAAUUCUCGCCACCGGCUCAGAUUCCCAGGUGCAGGCGCCGAAGAAGAAGUCUCACAGGUCAACGGCGCUCACCCUCGCCGAUAUUUUCCGCAGCCGCAAAGACUCGGCCUUCCGCACCAUGCACGCCGCCUGGCUCUCUCAGGUCGUUGAGGAAGUCCAGUCGCUCAUCUACAACCGCACGUGGCCCAGGUUGCUGCAGAAACUCAUGUCUUCCCUGUCUCUCGUCGUCACCGACAUCAUUGCAGAAAACACCAAAGUCGGGCUCCUCCCCGCGUACCAAACCUUUGGUCUCUUCCGAACCCUUGACGGCCGCAUGCGUCUCUUCAUCAUGUUUUCCUUCGAUAUUGUCGAGGUGUUCACGGUCUACAAGGUUCAGACUAUCAGCCGCUUCUACCGCAGCCUGAAAGACGGGUUCAACAAUCACCACGACGGCCCUCUGGUCAUGCUUUGCACGAUUAACUGCGCAGGCAUUCUUCUCUACUUUGGCCUCUUGCGUUAUGUGCGUUUUGCCCACAUCAAUGGGGACAAGCUGCUCCUCCCCGACAACUGCCAGCACGAAAUGCUUAACCAACUGAACCUUGUCAAGUAG